AUGAAUCUGAUCCGUCCUAUUUUGAAUAAAAUUAGUGAAAAUAAAAAAGUACAAACUUUGCAUGAAGGAUCUGGUUUAAUAAAUUAUACAGAAAACCCAAUUCAAUAUAAAUACAUUGAUAAUUUAAACAAAUUGUUAAACAAUUUUUAUUUUAUUGUUACAGACGAAGGAGCUGGUAAUAAUAAUUGCCAUAAUGAAAAAUUAAUUAUUAUACAUUUUGUAAGUAAAGAAAUGGAAAAAUUAGUUGAUACACCCCAUGGUAUAGAAUAUCUCAUUUCUUUUAUUGCAAGUUUACCAAAGAAAGUGAUUACUGGAUCUGGACUUGUUAAGAAUUUCUCGAAUAGUAAAUUUAUGCCUGAAAUUUACUGGCUUGGUUAUAAUUAUCUUGGACAAUUACAAAAUCUAAGAAACUAAUAAACUUGAUGAAGCUGUGAUAGAAAAUGAUUUUUACUAUGAAAAACAUAAAGAUACCAAAUCUAGACAUAAAGCACAAUAUGAACAAAUUAAACAAGGUGGAUUUCUUCCACUUCUUUUUGCUGGAAUAGGAGCUGCAAGUAUAUUAGCUGGGGAAAUAAGUUCGAUUGAAAAUACUAUUAUAGAAAGAAAACAUAAGAUAGCAAUGGAAAAAGAACAAGAAAAACAUAUUAAAGAAAUGGAAAAAAUUGACAAUAAUAAUAAAAAUUUACAAGUUGAGUCUGGAAUUAAAAAGAAGAAAAGAUAUUGUAGUACUCCUGUGAUAAAAAAAAGAAAAUCAGUCAAUUAACUAAUUUUGAUAUCAUGAAAGCUGGUAAAAAAAUUAAAAAUGUUCAAGAAUGUUGUAUGAGAGAUGAAUUACAUAUAGAAACUUUAACGAAUGAAUGUGGAAUAUUAAAUUUAAAUAAUUUUGAUUAAGAAGGAUCACAUUGGGUUGCAUGGCUAAAACAUGAAAAUUUAAAAAUUUAUUUUGAUUCUUAUAGUAAUGCUAAUCCACCAAAAGAAUUAGUAAAAUAUUUAGGCGAAAAUAAACUUAAAAUAACAUCUAGAAGAUUUCAAGACUAUAACGAUCCACCUAUUUGUGGAUAUUUGUGUUUGGAUUUUAUUAAAAAUUUUAAAAAAUAUACCUAAAUUAUAUAUCUAAAUCUUUUUUAAUCAGGUUUCUGAUUUUAAAAAAUAUGUAUUUCUUGAAUAUAAAACUUUUUUAUUUUUUUUAUCUUUUCUAUAAUAAAUGGAAAGAAUUUAAAUAAAUAUGAUGAUCAUAUUAUUCGAUCACAAUAUAAAACAUAUGAAGCAACAUCAGAAACAAAUUUUAACAGAGAUGGUGAUGUUAUAACCUUUGAAAUAGAAGGUUCUGAUAGUUUUCUCAGUAUUAAACAUGCAAAAUAUAAUAUUAGUGGAAAAUACAUAAAAAAUAAUAAUACUGAAUAUGAAGCUAAUAGUAAUGUUCAAUUAAAUGAUAAUUUUGUUGUACAAAUUUCAGUAAUAAAAAAUGGAACAUUAAUAGAUCAAAUUGAAAACGUUGGUAGAUCAAGCAUAAUCAAAGAAUGUGUUAGUUAUUCUUUAGAUGAAAAUGGAUCAACAAUUAAUUCUGGAUUUCAAUCAAGAUUUACAGGUGGGGGAAGAUUCAAAGCUGUUGGGAAUUUAUAUAAUCUAUGUUUAGGUUUUUUUAAAGAUAUUAAAUAUCUAAUUUUUAAAGGAGGAAUUAAAAUAAAUUUUAAGAGAGCUAAAGAAUGCAUUAUAUAG